AUGUCGCGGCCACCCUCCGUCCCCAUCCCUUCCCUCGACAAAGCCGACCGCUCCGAAGUCAUCCGCGCCUUCGAGGCCACCUUGGGUUCCUCCUUCAGCUCCGAGCCCAUUGCCCACCCCCGCCCCUUAAUCGUCGUUAUUAGCGGGCCCAGUGGGGUCGGCAAGGACGCCGUCAUCAGUCGGCUCAGAGAGGUCCGCAAUAACCUCCACUUCGUAGUCACCGCCACGAGCCGCGCCAAACGUCCCGGCGAGGUGCACGGGAAAGACUAUUACUUCGUGUCCAAGGAUGAGUUUUUGACAAUGGUUGAGAGGAACGAGUUGUUAGAGCACGCGCUUGUCUAUGGAGACUACAAGGGGAUUCCAAAGCAGCAGGUCCGGGAGUACAUGGCGAGAGGGUACGACAUCGUUUUGAGGGUGGAUAUUCAGGGCGCCCAGACGCUGAGGAGGAUUCUGAGGGACUCCGCGGUUUUCGUGUUCCUGGUGGCGGAGAGCGAGGCAAAGAUGGUGGAGAGGCUGGUGGAGAGGAGGACGGAGAGCAAGGAAGAGCUGCUAGUGAGGAUCGCGACAGCGAGGGAGGAGGUGAGGCACAUGUGGAAUUUCGAUUACGUGGUGGUGAAUGCCGACGGGGAGCUGGAGAGAGCGGUGAGGUUGGUGGAAGCUAUAAUUGACUCCGAGAAGGCCAAGGUGCGGCAGCGAAGCGCAGUAAUAUAGCUCGCGGCCACCUCCGGAUUGUUGGUGAGGUGAGGAGGUGAUUACGGCUAUAAGACGAGGCAUUGUGAUUUAGUUACUCUGUAAACUUGGCCCUUUCCAGUGGUUAGCUAGGACGAGUAACGUCAAUUUGUUUUAUUAUUUGUCUUGGGGACGGAAUCGACAAAUGUGGAAAUGUGCUCACUGUGCUUAGGAAGUGGAUGGUGCGUGAUCUGACUUAUUUGGAUGUUUAUUUGAGUUUUGGAACUUAGUUUUUCCAUCAGACCGUGUAGUUACAAUUGAGUGCCUGGAACUUACAUCCUAGAACGAGAAUCGUCCAUCAGAUUCCUUGUUAAGAUGAUGGUGCAGGAUGUUGUUUAUCCAUUACUGAAAAAUUCUUUGUAUUGACAAUGAAUUCAUGAAACAAAUGGAAAUUAUCUGCUGGAUGUUUCAGUU